AUGAAUGAUGGGUUGAUUCAAAUUGACCAAUUGGAAGACCAGAUAAUUGAUCAUCCGGAUGAACGAACUAGAAAAGAGUUACACGACACGUCAUUAGAUGAAACUUUUCAAAAGAAAUUGAGUGCCAAAGCCAAAGAAUUUGAAUCGUCAUCACCGGGUGAAGAUGUGGGAGGUGCUGAUGAAACCAGUAGUCAUGAUGUAUCAAUGAAUUAUCAAUUUUUAAUAACCAAGCUGCAUUUAGAUUAUCAGCAUCAAGAGUAUGGACAGUUAGAACAAGAGGUAUCUGAAUGGUUUACAUUCCAUGAUUUGAAAUUUAUUGGUGGGUUGGAUGCUUUAUUGGAUAACUUUGAGCAGAACAAAGAUAUGGAGGAAUUAGCGACAAAUUUGUUGGGGUCUAGCAUAGAUGACAACUUGUCAUAUUUGAAGAGUGUAUUGUAUUACUCGUUCGGAGAUUAUGCAACAAAGUCAACUAUUGAUGAGCAAGUUAAGCAAAUAGAGAUUAACAACUUAGCAUUAUUGGAGUUGGGGAUUUACAAGCCAUUGGUUAAUAUUUUGCUGGGAUUUUUCACAAAGAGGAUAGAGAUUGACACAUCAGGGUCAGAGAACUGUUCAGUGUCGAGAAAUGUUGAAGUGACUUAUUUCCGCAUAUUAACCAUCAUGUACUUUUUAACGUUAACGGCAUUAUAUAAUCAUCAAGAACUGAAAUCAUUCCGAAAUUUCCUUCUGACUUCAAAUCUUUUGGAGUCGGUGGUACAUUUCAUCGAGCAUUGGCAUUGGCAUCAUAAUAACAGCUAUCGGGUUAGAUAUUUGGUACUAUUGUUGGACAAGUUGUUGUUACUAGAAUUUGGCGACAAGGACCAACUUUCUUCAUGUGACACGUUUCUUAAAAAGCUCCAUCAUAUCAAAACUUUCGAUGCUUCAGAAGACGGGAAGCCAACAUUGACUUGUUCCCCUUUGGAUUAUUUUGCAUUUAGACAAGAUCUACUAGACAAGUACCCAUUGUAUGAACUCAGUGGAGUAAAGGAUUUAAAAGAGAUGUUGUCAAACAAACCAAUUGAAUCGUCAAUUGAAGAAAAAUAUAAAACCUUUAUGGCUGUUAAUGCAUACUCCAACUCGCUAUCCAACAGCAUUGAAAUCCCCAAAACGAAUAAGUCGCAUACAGUGUUGAGUCAACUACCUGCUCAGCCUGUCCAUAUUGCCACCCCCUUACCUUCGCCCAAACUAAUGUCUUCAGAUUUCAUGUCGGGGGGUGAAAAAAUUAGAAAAUCGUAUCAAGUCAAUCAAUCAAUGCCAUUUAUCUACCCCAAUGAAUCUCUGGAUGGUGGUGGAUCAAAUGUGCCACUAGCAAUGUUGGAAGCAGAUGAAAUAUUGAAAAAUUCGGUGUAUGAGAGUUACUCCAUUAAACGAUUGUGGAGUGAACGUGAAAAAUUCAUGAAGCAAGAACGAGGAUAUGCUGAUGCAUAUAAUGAUAAAGAUGAGUUUGAUUACUCUUUUGAUGAGUUGAGGAAUGAAUACCCUGAAAAAAUUUCCGAAAUUAAUAGUCUUGAGAGAGUGGAACGAUUUUACUCAACAACAUUUUUCCGACUCCAUUCCAUAAUAGAGGUGUUUUUGGAAAUCAUUAAAAGUAACCGGAUCGACAAAAAUUUAAGUUUGUAUGAAUAUGAACUUAACCCUGGUACUUCGUUCAUGGUGAAAUCAAAAACACCCCAUGAAAAUGAUGAAGCAAUCACCAAGGUAGAACAACUCUUGUUGCUGCAAUUAGAAGUCAUGAAUGUUAAAGAGAUCAUGACAAAGACUGCUGUGGGUAUAACUUUGAGGUUACUUCAAUGGUUUAAAAUAAGUCAUGUUUUAAAAUAUUAUUACCUUUCAUCAAUACUUUUUGAUCAACAAUUUGUCACCAUCAGUUUGGACUUUAUCAGCAACAAUUUUAAUAAUCAAAACAACCAGAGUUUUCCCCAUCAACUGGCCGAAAAGAAGGAUGAGUUGUUAGAGUAUGAGAUGUUGAUUAAUCAAAAUAAGUUGAUGAAUCCACAAUUUAAACUACCAAAAUUGAGCUUUUUUCAUAACUGUCUUCAUAUGAGUUCAACAAACGUUGAAUACACAUUUGUGAACAAGACUUUUAUUCUGGAGAUUCCCAAGCAACUUGAUUCGAAAAAAGUUAGUCAUGUAUAUAUUAAAAAUUUCAAUCACAACUUUGCAUCCAUCUUGGCCAAUAUGUUGGAAAUCAACAACAAGAUCCUUCUCAAGAAUCAAAGUCAACGUAUUUUCUCAAUGAAUGAUGUUAAACCUUCCGAAUUAUUCAAAAUGAUUCUCAUCAAUUACGAUAAUGAUGCAUUUUCGCAACCAAUACUCAAAAUCCUCAAAAAAUUAGUUCCUUAUCAAGGUCGCAAAUGGAAAAGUAUGAAUAUGGAUUUGAUCAGUACUAUUUAUCUCAACUGUAAAUUAUCAAUGAAGGACAAUUGGUUAAGUGGUAAGGAUUUAGGCAGUGAAUUUAAUAAUAGUUAUGAUCAAGAGAUUGCCUUGAGGGGAUUGUUGCAAUUCUAUAAUAUCAAGAGGUAUAGCGGAGAGCAUUUGGGUUACAAGUUGGAACGAGAUGAUAUUAUGGAUAUACCUCCAUUGAAAUUGAAUGAAUCUGAAUUGGAAUGA